GAUAUCCAAAAAAAUUGAUUUUCGAGCGAGCGACCAUGGUGCCUAGUACAGUGUUCAAAGUGUUGAAAUAUCCAAAAAUGGGGAUUCUAAAAUUAGCGUCACUGCGAGCUUCAUUUGUUUCCAGAACCGAAAUAACAAUGGACCUGCGUGAAUCGAUCAGCAACCAAACCGAUGUUGCCCUCAGCAUGACAAAGCUGUUGUUGUCGAAGGAAGCUCGGGACAAGAACUUCGUGUAUUCGCCGCUGUCGUUGCACGUUGUUCUCAGCAUCAUCGCUGCUGGCUCCAAGGGUCCCACACUCGAUCAGCUUCUCUCUUUCCUCCGAUCCAAGUCCACCNACCAUCUCAACUCCUUCGCCUCUCAGCUCGUCACCGUCGUACUCUCCGAUGCCUAUCCCGCCGGAGGGCCUCGACUCUCCUUCGCCGACGGCGUCUGGGUUGAGCAAACCCUUUCUCUUCUUCCUUCCUUCAAACAGCUUGUCAACACUGAUUACAAGGCAACUUUGGCUUCGGUUGAUUUCCAGACCAAGGUAACUUUCCCUCUUUUUCACUGCACCCAAUCCUCCAUCCCCUUGUCGUUCGCUGUAAACACAGGCAAAUCGACAACAGGUCUUUGA